CUGCUUCCUUAUUUACGGCACAUGCCACGGCGUGGGCCGAAGAAUAGGAGAGAGAACCAAGUAACCAACCGUAAAAGGUUUGAAGGAAGCGAGGAAGAGGAACUUCUACCUUGUCUCUUUUUUGGAUUUUGCACUCUCUGCCAAGCCGACAUCGGCUUCUUCUCAGGACAGCUCCGACCUUUCUCUCUUCCUCUCAGAUCCAUUCGGUUCGCCUGCGGCGGAAUCGCGACGGUUGUUUUUACACUUUCUCCCGGUGUACUUCUUUGAUCCAUGUAAGGGGUUUCUUAUGUGAUGCUGCUUUAUGGCCUUAUGGGUUUCCGUUAAUGGAUUCCUUUUUCCGCACUUGCGAAUGUCAUCUUACUGAGGAACGGUUAGGGCUGCGUGAUUUGUGCGGGCGGGACUAAAUUCCCUCUCGAUUUGUUGGCUGUCACUAGUGGAGAGCUUCUUUAGGUUAAAGUUUGCGACUUAACGGAAAUCUUUGGGUGAGGGGGACGAUUUGGGGUAGAUGAUGGAGGGAGAGGUGGACGCGGGAGUCGCGCCUCCUAUUUUUCUUCACAACCAAGCUCUCCCUGGUCGGUUCUCUAACGCAUCGUCGAUGGCAAGAAAGCGGGAUUUACCAUGGGGGAAUACUGGCUUCCACCAUGUUCAUCAGAAGCAAGAGAGUCAACACUGGCUCAUGGGGUCGGGACUUCCUGCGCCUAGCAAUUCAAAUAGCUGGAACCCUAAGAUGUGGGAAUGGGACAGUGUGAGAUUCUCCUCAAAACCCUCUGAGGAUGUGCCGGAAGUGUCGUGUCUGGGAACCCAGGGGGUUGCUGCAGUUGUAAAUAACGGUAGUUGUGUGGAACAGAGAAAAAAUGCGGGGGAGAGUGGAAAGGCUCUACUUUUGCGUGAUACGGUUGAGGAAUGUGAGAAUCUAGCUUUGAAGCUUGGUGGUGGAGGAUGUAGAGUGGAAGAGCAGGUUCAGAGGGCAAACAAAAGAGUUCGAUCUGGAUCACCUGGAAGUGCUGCUAGUUAUCCUAUGUGUCAGGUUGAUGAUUGCAAAGCAGAUCUGUCGAAUGCUAAGGAUUAUCACAGGCGGCACAAAGUUUGUGAGCUUCACAGCAAGACCGCUAAGGCCCUUGUUGGCAAGCAAAUGCAGAGAUUCUGCCAGCAGUGCAGCCGAUUCCAUCCCCUUACGGAGUUUGAUGAGGGAAAAAGGAGCUGCCGCCGCAGGCUUGCUGGACAUAAUCGUCGUAGGAGAAAGACCCAACCCGAGGAUGCAUCAACAACCAAUUUAGUUCCUGGAAUCCAAGAUGGAAAAGCUAGUGGGAGUGUAGAUAUUGUUAAUUUGUUGGCCAUUCUGGCACGCUUGCAAGGCAAACCAACAAGCAUGUCACCUCUACCUGAUGGAGACCAACUUAUACAAAUUAUAAAUAAGAUUGGUUCUUUGCCUCCUACAAAUCCCUCUUCAAAAACACCGGUGCAAAGAGGUUUUGAUCUUAAUGUCUCACAAGCUCCAGUGCAAAGUUCUUCAGAACAACCAUCUCAAGGGAGAGGUAACCCAAACAUUCCAUCAACAAUGAACUUGCUUGGGGUUCUCUCAGCAGCACUGGCAUCCUCAAAUCCCAAUGUUCUGGCUAGCAUGUCACAGGAGAGCAGUGGUGGUAAUGGCAGUAACAAGAGCACGGGAUUACGCCAAGAAGCCAUAGACAGUAAUAAUCCACAAAUCAAAGUUGAUCAUGUGUUUCGUCCAUCUAUAGAUCGAGAAACCGACUUUAAUGUGCAUUCCCAAUUAAAUUCUACCGAACGCUCUAUACAAAUUGCAAUGCCAAGUUUGCCAUUGCAGCUAUUUGGAUCCGCCGAAGAUGAUAGUCCUCCAAAACUUGGGUCUGCAAUUAAAUAUCCAUCCUCUGAGAGCAGUAAUCCAAUAGAAGAUAGAUCCCCUUCAUGUUCGCCUCCAAUUGCAAAGAGGCUAUUUCCUCUGCGAUCAGUGUCUGAUAAAAAAGAUGAAAGUAUGUCAAUAUGCAGGGAAGACCACGCAGUAGCUGAAGCGAGCACAACAUGUGGAUGGAUGCCGCCCUUAGAACUGUUUAAGGAUCUUGACAGGCAACUUGACAAUCAAACAGUUCAGAACAUGCCAUACUCUGGAGGAGGGUAUUCAUCAUCCUCAGGCUCAGACCAAUCUCCUUCAAGUUCAAAUUGUGCUGUUCAGGACCGAACCGGCAGAAUUAUUUUCAAGCUGUUUGACAAAGAUCCCAGCGAUUUACCUGGAACGCUUCGAUCUGAAAUUUUAAAUUGGUUGUCUCGUAGUCCAACUGAAAUUGAAAGCUACAUCAGGCCUGGAUGUGUGGUUUUAUCUGUUUAUUUAUGCAUGACAUCGGCUGCAUGGCAUGAGCUUGAAGAGGACUUUCUUCAACGAGUUAUUUCACUAGUUAAUUGCUCUGGCUCAGAAUUCUGGAGAAAUUUGAGGUUUUUGGUCAGCACGAGCAGACAAAUUGUUUCACACAAGGAUGGGAAAAUACGCCUCUGCAAGUCUUGGAGAUCUUUGACUGCUCCUGAACUAACAUCCAUCUCUCCCAUCGCUGUUUUGAGUGGGCAAGAAACUACACUCAUUCUUAGAGGCCGCAAUUUGACUAUUCCUGGUACCAAAAUUCAUUGUACUUAUAAGGGUGGGUAUUCAUCAAAAGAAGUACUAGGUUCAACACAUCCAGGCACAAUAUAUGAUGAUUCUAGUUCAGAGAGUUUCAUUCUUCCUAAAGAAUCCCCUUCUUCAUAUGGACGCUAUUUCGUUGAGGUUGAUAAUGGUUUCAGAGGGAAUAGCUUUCCUAUUAUAAUUGCUGAUGCUACUAUUUGUGAGGAACUCAGAUCACUUGAAGUUGAGUUCGAUGAAGAUGUGGGAACCCUUGAUGCCAUUUCUCAAGACGUUUGUCUAGAGAAUAGAAGGGUGCAAUCUAGGGAGGAUACCCUUCACUUUUUGAAUGAACUUGGUUGGUUGUUUCAAAGAAAGAACCAUCCUGAAUUUUCCUUUGUAGAUUUUGCUACUUCUCGGUUCAAUUAUCUCUUUUCAUUUUCAGUAGAGAGGGAUUUGUCUGCUCUUGUUAAAAUGUUUCUAGACAUACUAGUGGAAAGAAGCUAUGGCAGUGAUGAUUCUGUGUUGAAUGAGUCACUGGAACUGCUACUUGAACUCCAGCUACUGAGCCGAGCAGUGAAGAAGAAAUGCCGGAAAAUGGUUGAGUUGCUUCUCAACUACUCUGUAAAGAAUGCAAUAACAAAAGAUUCGAGAAUGCAUCUGUUCCCUCCUAAUUCUACAGGCCCUGGUGGAUUGACUCCAUUGCAUCUAGCUGCUUCAAUGCAGGAUGCUGAGGACAUGGUUGAUGCACUAACAAGUGAUCCACAAGAGAUUGGUUUGAACUGCUGGGUUUCGGUGAUGGAUGACAGUGGCCACUCACCCUCCAUGUACGCAUCAGCAAGAAACAACUCUUACAACAUGCUUGUAGCAAGGAAACUUGCAGAUAAGAAUAAUAGUCAGAUAUCAAUCAUUAUCCGACAUGAAGAUAAAUCCAUGGACAAUAUGUGUGUUGAGGCAAAAUCAGCAGUGAAGCACAGUAAUUCUUGUGGCGUAGAAGCAAUGGCGAUAAGUUCAUGUCCCCACUGUGUUAUUGCAGAGUCUCGCCUUGUGAGAAUAAACCGUCAUAGAGGUCUUCUCGAGCGUCCAUAUGUCCACUCCUUACUGGCAAUCGCAGCGGUUUGUGUAUGUGUCUGCUUGUUCUUCCGAGGUGCUCCUUUUGUAGGUUCCAUUGCGCCCUUUAAGUGGGAGAAUCUGGAUUUUGGUCCAAGAUAGCCUCCAAGAGAAGAUUGCUGCAGAAUAUGCAUAAUAGAUUAUGUUCAUUAUCUCCAGUUUUUGGCUGACUCAGGUUGCAUCUACAGAAAGGCAAGAGCCAUUCUAAAACAACUGGAUUUUUACUUUGGGAGGCCUGGGCCGCCUGGCUACAAUUCUCUGGAAGUGUCUCGUUUGAUUUUGGGAAAUCUCCCUGUUCUUUGGUGUAUUGUUUUUGCUAUUUAUGAUCCAAGUUCUUUGCUGAAACAAACAUAACUAUUUUGGCUUUUGAGCCUGUCUCCGUUCCUCCAUGUGCUCAUUGCUGCAGCCAGACCCAUGGUAAUCCAGUGGGUCAUAGCAGAUAUAUGGCCGAAUCUCUUGAGCUCUCCUCUGCCAUGGUAUCUUGCAAAUUUGAGUUACCCGGUCAGUUCUCUUGCUCUUUGUGUGGUUUGGUCUUACUAUAUAUCAAUGUGAGAGCAAAAGAAUGGUGUAUAUUUAUAUAAGGGAAUAUAAUCAGUAUAAAUUCUCUGGUCCAUUCUUUUUGCAAUUUUUCUGUUCACAUUCA